UUUUUGUUAUUCCUUCCAUAUUGUACGUAUUUUACUUUCUGAGGGGUGAUCGGAACUAUAUUAAACCCCCAGGGUGAUCUGUCAUAUCCAGUAAUCGAAUGUCUAUUGGGCGGAAAUGAAAUGCCGGCUUCAAUCUUCUAUUACUAUACAUAAAUAGAUGAAAACUGCCAACGAAGUCGUGAAACUUAACAAGCAACUUAUGUUGAUGACAUCUAAGAAUUUGUAAAUCAUUUUUCUGGUAGUUAGGAAUUCGAUUAGAUAACAGGAUUUUUACGCAGGCAGCGUUAUUUAAACGUUUAUAAAUAAACGUCGAAUUUCGUCAUAAUGUCAUGAGUGUCAUGACCGAGAAAACACCGGUGCUGUCGGCGUCACGAGCUCACGAGCCGCUGAACAGUGUUUAGCGCCACGAAUCUCUAGCCGCUGAUUGGUUGCAAUGGUGGCGUGAUGUACGGAGCGCGAGUAGCACGCUGACAGACCUGUUUAUGCGAUAGUGCCGCCACCACGCGAUUGCCGAACUCACUAAAGAUGACGUAGCAUAUCCGCAACAUCGCGCGACGCGCCACGCGAUGUGACGCCCACAAAUUAUGAAGGUCACCGCAUUAAAUCUCUACAAUGAAGCCAGCUUAGAUCGAUCUUAUAAACAAUAUCAAUGCCCUUCAUCCUUCAUGAUUUUUCAUUGAUUAAAUUCUGUUAGUAAAGUGUUUUGACAUUAAUUGGAGACCUAGAUAGUCAAGUGUCUGGCUGAUAUGAAUUGUAGGAAAACGAUACUAGUAGUGGCACCAUUUUUAGUAACUUCAUCAAUGUGUGUGAAGAUACAUUUCAUAAAAUUGUAAAGAAGGUGUUCUGGGCGAUGUCAAAGAAGAGUUCAAAAUCGGCGAUGACUGCGCCGGCUUCCUUCAGACCGUGUUUGUGGUCGCCUACAUGGUGUUCGCGCCUAUUUUCGGAUACCUUGGGGAUCGGUACUCGAGGCGCAUCAUCAUGGCAUUCGGAGUGGCUCUAUGGAGUAUGACUACAUUCUUCGGUUCAUUUAUCGGCAACUUCUUCAUGUUUAGUUUCUUCCGGGGUCUCGUGGGUAUCGGCGAGGCUUCUUAUUCGACGAUCGCUCCCACUAUCAUAAGCGACCUCUUUGUCGGCAAUGUGCGCUCGAAGAUGUUGGCUUUCUUCUAUUUCGCUAUACCCGUUGGCAGUGGUCUCGGUUACAUCGUGGGGUCUGUGGCGGGCGCCGCUGCCGGCAACUGGCGAUGGGGACUCCGAGUGACCCCAAUCAUGGGGGCCAUCGCCGUUGGCCUCAUACUCUGGGUGAUGGAGGACCCUGAGCGGGGGCAAGCCGAGGAGAGCCACAUGAAACCCACCACUUAUAGUCAGGAUAUCCAUGCACUGAUUAGGAAUCCGUCAUUCAUGCUGUCGACGCUCGCGUUUACAUGUGUAGCGUUUGUGACAGGCGCCCUCGCGUGGUGGGGGCCGCAGUUCAUCUUCCUUGGCCUGACCAUGCAGCCUGACGUCAAUAUUACCAUCGAAAGGGUGUCGCUAAUAUUCGGCGUGAUCACGAUGGUGGCGGGGCUGCUGGGCGUGCCGCUGGGCGCGUGGCUGGGCACGGGGCUGCUGAAGCGCUUCCCGCGCGCGCACCCCGUCAUCUGCGGCCUGGGCCUGCUCGUGUCCGCGCCCGCCAUGACGCUCGGCAUCGUGCUCACGCAGGGGUACUUCUACGCGCCCUUCAUCCUUAUGUUUAUUGGCGAAGUCGCUUUGAAUCUCAACUGGGCAAUAGUAGCCGAUAUGUCGCUGUAUGUGGUAAUACCGCCUAGAAGAUCUACAGCUGAAGCUUUCCAAAUAUUGAUAUCACACAUGUUUGGUGACGCUGGAAGUCCUUAUUUAGUUGGAGUGAUAUCAGAAAGCCUUAAAAAGUCCUUAUCACCUGUGGAUACCGAGCCUACCUCACUUGUGAAGUUCAAGUCACUGCAGUACGCUUUGUUCGUCACGUGUUUCGUCGAAGUUAUUGGCGGGAUAUUCUUCUUGUUGACCGCCAUAUACAUUGUCAGAGACAAGUUAAAAGUCGAUCGGGCCAUUGCUGAAGCGGAAGCCCAGAGCGCUGAGCCGUCACACAGUACAGCCCACGACGCGAUAGGCGGAGGCGACUAAUGUUGUGAUAACUAGUUUGUUGGUUAAAUAUUACCUCCGUGAUACGAAAGUGACGGAACUGUGAAAUACGAAAUACACUUUCAAGAUAAUGUUCCAGUUUAAUAACUAUAAUUAGAUUCCCUCUUCUAAUCAACUAUCGCCUGCUUAAAUUGCAUCUUUGCACUAAAUUUUGCUAUCGUAGUGCGAUCAUAACGAAGCUAAGUUCGCAGCCAUGUUCGGACAAGAUACUUAACGGGGAGUAAAUAAUUGUAGUGAUUUUAUUGCAACAUAAUUAUUUAUAAGACUGAGUCGUAGGGCGUAUUACUAAAAGAGGGUUGGUUAUGUUACUAUGGGAUAUCGACCGUGUGAUUGUAUGUAGUUAGGAACUAGGCAUCACAAUAGCUACUGUUACCUACUUGAUUAAGAAGCCAUGUGCCUGUUAAAUAUGAAAUGUUUGUAAUUACCUUACGUUCUUAUAAAAUAUCGAUCAAUUAAAGUACAUCAUACAUUAUCAUCAAUGUAAACUCAAUGCCUAAUAUAAUUUUGUUGGUUAAUGAUUACCUCAAAGAUUUGUUACAAUGCAACCUAUUUAUUUGUUAUUUAUAGAACUAUAAUAAUUUUAUCAAUGCUAAAUCUGUAUUUUGUUUACUUGUUCAACAGUGUUCUAGUUUGAAUAUAUUCAUGCAGUUUAACAAUUAUUGUCUUAGAGUUACCUUAACUUUAGAUAAGGUUACUAUACUACCUACUACAUCUUUUUCGCUAAACCUCCUUCGUGCUGUUUUACGAAUUAAGUUUGUUUUGUAACAGCAUUUUAUAGCUUGUUGUUUAAUGUGUACAUGUGACAGUAAAUAGUACAUCUUCACGAAAGAUAACGUGAUUGUUUUAAGCUCGUUUUAAUGUUUAGGAGGUUUAUAAAGGUUUCAUUUUUAUAAAUAAGACGGAAAUAUAAAUUAUGAUUGCUUUGAUUUGAAAGAUAAAUAUCUUAAUGUUUUGUGUGCGUUGUGUGUAUUUAAGCCGACAAUAACUAUAAUUAAUUAUAAAGCAUUUCUUUGUAGAAAAGACAAAGUUAAACUGUAUUGAAUAUCAUAGAAGACUGAAUAAAUUUAAUUAUUGUCAAAAUUUUCCUAUAUUAAUAAUAAUUUGUGUUUGUACAUAAAUAGUGUACAGAGCGUCUCAUGGAAUUUAAAUAAAAAAAACAUAAUUUAUUUUUGA